GUCAUCCACAUUGUACGUAGGGACACCUCUCCAGUGCCACCAAUGUCUUUGUCUCUGUGACCACAUUAAUGAGCAGAUAGCAUUUUUUUAUUUUUAUUUUUUAUUUCAUCUUUUAUAGACAAAUGAUUAGAGCCUUUUAUUUAUUUUACUCAUUGGUCACUUUUCAUAUUUUAAAAACAAGCUAUGGAAAUGGAUUUCAAUGCAAAGACGGAACUCGGCUGCCAAUGUAUACUGUAUGCGAUUUCACAGAGCAGUGCAAAGAUGGAAGUGAUGAAAGUUCAUGCACAAAUUAUGAAAGAUGUGAUUUUGAGACUGAUUUAUGUGGCAUGCCAAAUAACGGGUGGACUAGAAACAGUGGACUAGCAAACACAAGACCAUGGUCUGACCACAAAAACAGUAGCACAGCUCACUUCCUGGCGCUCUCCGUAGACAAUGCACCUGGCACCCUGGCGGUUCUAAGAAGUGUAACUUUCUUCCCAGUUGCUCCGGGAGCAGUCUGUCUGCUGAGAUUUUAUUACUAUUUUCCUGAAAUAAGUGGAAGGCUCACAGUGGGACUGGAAAUGCAGACUGAAGAUAAUGACAUAUGGAUAACAGAAUCAAGCUAUAAAGAUGAGUGGAGGAGAGUUUUUAUUCCCAUCUUCAGCUCUCACCCAUUUAAGGUUACCAUCAAAGGAACUAUUUUCAGCGAAGUCUUCUCUGAGUACAUUGCCAUAGAUGACGUUUCAUUCAGUGAAGGAUGCAUACCUACUAAUGAGACCAUCCUGCCUUGCACAUUUGAUGUGGAUUCCUGUGCCUGGACCUCGGAUCAAUCAACUGGAAAAAUACCCUGGGGACACACGAGCCAAAACGUCGGACCCAUCCUAGAGAGAAUAGCACAGUAUAACAACAGUGACAGUAUUAAAGGCCAUUUUAUGUUUAUUGAAGGCAACCUGCAGAAUGGACACAGAAAGGCGUACAUGAAAAGCUCGCCAUAUCGCAGCAGCAGCCGCCUGACCUGUCACUUCCACUUUUAUUACUUGAUUGAGGAAGACAACAGCCUGAGACUGGUGCUCAACGUUGAUGAGGGAGAAGUCGUGCUGUUUGAGAAAAAUGUGUCUACAAAUAAUCAAUGGAUGGAAGAAAAAAUUAUUCUCCCAGAAAAUUCAAAGGACGUUCAGCUCGCUUUUGAAGGCACAGUAAAAACCAUAAAUGGACUUGUAUCUCUGGGUAGAUUUCAGCUGACUGGCUGUGAAACAUCAUCUGACUUGCCCAGCCUUGACAAUGGAUCAUGUGCCACCAUGGAAUCAACAUGUGACUUCAAACAAGACUGUGAGGAUUGGAGCGAUGAGGAUCCCAUUAUUUGCAGUAAUUUUAAAAGAUGCGACUUUGAAUCUGGCUUCUGUGAAUGGAAAGCACUGAACACAAUUGGCUUGGCGUGGAGAAUAAGCGAUAAAACUGAGUUACACAAUGGAGUUUUGCCGGAGAAAGACCAUACAUCACAGAAUGGAAACUUUGUGUACUUUUGUGUGGAUUCUGCGAACGGAGAAAAAACAGCCUCUUCCCAGCUGGAAAGUGAUUUUUCUGUGAAGCCGUCUACAGCUGCUGUUUGCCAGAUUCAGUUUUGGUAUCAGUUGUCAGAACACUCAAAAAUAUCUGUCUUGAAGAGGACACUCGUGAGUCAGGAUUUGCAGUUGUUGCAGGAAUUUAGCGGUGGUACAGCGAAAAGAUGGACAAAGGCUACAGUAUAUAUUAGGAAUAUGGUGGAUUCAGGAGACCCAGGUCAGAUCAUAUUGGAAGCCACGCUGUUAUCAGCUGAGGCUACAGCUGCUAUUGAUGACAUCAGCUUAUCUCCAGACUGCAGCUUUAUCAAUAACACAUCUGCAGAUCUUUUUAAAGAACCUUUAUUUUUUAACUGUCCCUCUGGGCAUAUGUCAUGUGGAGAUGGUACCUGCAUACCAAAUAAAAACCGCUGUGAUUUUACAAAGGACUGUAAAAAUGGAUUUGAUGAAGCAUCGUGCGCUUCUAAAUGUGAUUUUGAAAUGGAUAACUGUGGAUGGUAUGAAAGACGAUUUGCUGAUCGAUUUACCUGGGUGAGACAGUCACCAAGCCACCUGCAGCCUGAAUAUUCCUCCCAGGCUCCCCAUCAGGAUCACUCUACAGGUUCCUCUAAAGGUCACUUCGUGUUUAUUCAGAAAAAGAACAGCAACUUUUCACAGAUUGCAGAGUUACGGAGCCCGAAGUUCAGCCAGGCAGCGGCGGGCUGUUCCCUGACCUUCUGGUAUUAUAACUAUGGACCAGAUGUGGGAGCAUCAGAGUUUGUCCUCCAUAUCAAUGAUGACAAUUCCCACACUUUGUUGUGGAAAACAUACUACAGCCAAGGAAAUCAGUGGUUGAAAGGAUUUAUCCAGCUUGAUCGCCUGUCUCAGCCUUUCCAGCUAUCAGUGAAUAAAAUCAUUAUGGGGGUGUACGAAGGUGUAUCGGCUAUUGAUGACAUUGUGUUUGAGAACUGUUCCCUGCCCCCCCCUGCAUCCAGCUGCGAAGGGCCCGACCAAUUCUGGUGUAUAGAUACCAGGGCUUGCAUCAGCAGUCUACUGGUAUGUGACCUGAUUGAUGAUUGCGGAGAUAUGUCUGAUGAGAGUAACUGCACCUCUGAAUUACAAUGUGAUUUUGAAGAUGGAAUAUGUAACUGGGCACAAGACACAGAAGAUGACUUUGACUGGACAAGACACCAAGGCCAGACUCCGACUUUAGACACUGGACCUAUGAAGGACCAUACUUUGGGCACAGUUCGAGGGCAUUACCUCUACAUUGAGACCUCAGAGCCUCAGAUGUACAGGAACCAAGCUAUCCUACUAAGCCCUGAAAUAGAUGCCACCAUCAACAACGAUAAUAAAACCUGCAUCUUCCGCUUCCAUUACCAUAUGUUUGGAAGCCAAAUCUUUUCCUUGGCAAUCUACAAGCGAACCGUGAGGAACACCAGGGGCCAGGUGUUGUGGCAGACAUUCGGAAAUAAAGGCAACAGAUGGUUAAAGAAAGUCCUGUACAUCAACAGUACUUAUCCAUUUCAGCUGUUAAUCACAGGCAUGGUGGGUGAUGGAUUCACUGGGGACAUUGGCAUUGAUGACCUUUCUUUCUUAAACUGCACAUUGUACAAAGGCAUUUUGCCCACAUGGGCCCCAGUUCCUCUGGGAACCCCUACUGCGGCAACCCUUCCUGCAAACAACUGCACAGCCUAUGAACAUGUCUGUAGGUCAAGCGGGCAUUGCAUACCCUCCUCAAAGUUGUGUGACUUCAGAGAGGACUGUCUAGAUGGCUCUGAUGAAGCAAGCUGUGUUUCAGAAUAUUGCAGCUUUGAAAAUGGCAGUAUGUGUCAGUGGUUCCAUCCUGGAGCAAACGCUUUUCGUCCAGAUGCAGCUUUCCACUGGGAAGUAGGCCAAGGAAUAACUAUACAUCCAGGAGAAGAGAGCCAUCGGCCCAUUUUAGAUCAUACUACGUCCUCCGAUGAAGGCUGGUACCUGUAUGCAGACAGCUCCAAUGGUGAAUUUGGGCACACAGCUCACAUCAUGACUCCUCUUAUUUCUCUUACUGGGCCCAAAUGCAAGUUAACAUUCUGGACCUAUAUGGAUGGCGCAACUGUGGGAUCAUUACAGGUACUUAUUCAUCUCGGUAACAUGACUUAUGAACUAUGGUCCCAAAGUGGUAAACAAGGAGCAAGUUGGAAGAGAGCUGAAGUUUACCUGAGAACUUUGUCUAACUUUCAGAUUGUUCUACAAGCCAAACGUGGGGUCAGCUAUGUUGGAGAUUUGACUGUGGAUGACAUAUCCUUUGAGAACUGCUCACCAUUGCUGAUCCAAGAUAAACAGUGCACAUCCCAGGAGUUCAUGUGUGCCAAUAAAUACUGCAUUCCCAAGAACAACAUGUGUGACUUUGUCAAUGACUGUUCUGACAAGUCUGAUGAGAACCUAAACAUAUGUCGUGGCUAUCUUGGACGCUGCAACUUUGAGUUCAACCUUUGCAGCUGGAAACAAGAUCAAGAUGAUGAAUUUGAUUGGAGCCUACGAGCUGGCAGCACCCCAACGCUUGCCACUGGACCCGUCACUGAUCAUUCUCUGCAAAAUCCAGCUGGGAGUUACAUUUUUAUUGAAACCUCGUUUCCUCAAUUACUGGGCCAAGUAGCCAAACUUUCUGGGCCAUUGGUGAGCAAGUGGAGUAGAAACUGCAAGCUGAUCUUUUACUUUCACAUGUAUGGAGAGGGAAUUGGCUCGCUAACCAUACAUCAGGUGACAGUGAGCGGACAGAAGGUGCUGCUUUUUAACCUGACCAGGGACCAGGGGAAUUUCUGGCAGAGGAAGGAGUUGGAACUCCACGAACUUAGAGAGGAUUUUUAUGUCACAUUUGAAGGGAAAGUGGGCAAAGAUCAAAGAGGGGACAUCGCUUUGGAUGACUUAGUUAUGUCUAAUGACUGCAUUCCAUCCUCCACUUCUGUUUCUGAAUCUCACAAGACCUGGCCCAUGAAAGGCUUUUGUCCACCGGGUUUCCUGAUUUGUAAAAAUAGGAGAUGUUACAGGCCAGAAGAGCGAUGUGACUUUGUGGAUAACUGUGGGGAUAACACAGAUGAGGGAGACUGUGGCACUUCCUGCACAUUUGAAGAUGGGCUCUGUGGUUGGCAGAACUCCUUGGCAGACAACUUUGAUUGGAUAUUAGGAGGAAACUCUUCACAAACUCUGAAACCUCAGACUGUGGACCACACAACGGGAAGUGAGGAAGGUCACUUCCUUUCUCUGGAAACUUCCUUGGUUGGACUGCGUGGUGAAAAGGCUCAUAUAAAAGGCGCCACAUGGAAGGAGUCAGGAGAAAAUUGUACACUGAGCUUCUGGUAUUACAUGUCACCAAAAGCUACUGGCCAAAUACGAGUCCUUAUCAAAACAGAGACUAGCCUGAAGAAUGUAUGGGGAGAGUCAGAGAACGAAGACGCCAAGUGGAAUGAAGUAAAAAUUCACCUUGGGAAGCUGAGACAUUUUGAAGUUAUUUUUGAAGGAGUACGCACAAAAAGUUUUGGUGGAGGAGCAGCCAUUGACGACAUUGAGUUUACCAACUGCUCAACAGUUGGAGAAGUGCCUGGAAUAUGCCCAGAAGACACAGAUUUCAUAUGCAAAAACAAGAAGUGCAUUGAAUUCCACCUGGUGUGUGACUACAAGUCGGACUGUGAAGAUUACUCGGAUGAAGCUGACUGCAGUCCUUACACUGAUUUACCUGGCAGCUGCAGCUUCACACAGCUGAAUACCGGCGGUGAUUUAGGAUGCAACCUUUCACAAGACAAGACUGAUGAUUUUGAUUGGACCGUGGUGGAAAGAGGUGUUCAGCUAAAUACAGAUCACACACCAGGAAGUGGAAGGUUGUUCCUUUAUGCCAACACAUCUAAUCAGCACGCUGGAGACAGGGCAAGAAUUUUAACUAGCAACAUUUUCCCUGCUGCUCUUGACAUGUGCAGAGUGCGCUUUUGGUAUUAUAUGUAUGGACCUCCGCAGUCGGGAAUUCUAAAGGUAUUCAUGGUCACUGAAUACGGAGUGAACAUCCUUUUGUGGUCAACUAUGGAGAGCGAGGAAGGGAGGUGGAUGUACGGCAGUGUUAUCUUGUCCAGCAGCAGCCCCUUUCAGGUGGCGUUUGAGGUGCAGUUGGGGGCAGAUGCAAGCGUUGACAUUGCCUUGGACGAUAUUUCCUUUACACUGAACUGUUAUAUGGAAGAGCCAGAAAUACCAAAGCCUACCUGCCCUGAGGACUUGUUCACAUGUGCCUAUGAAAAGCAGUGUGUGCCCUUGUCUGCCAAGUGUAAUGGGACAGAGGACUGUAAAGAUGGAACGGAUGAAAUCUUCUGCCCUACGGUGAUCCCCAGCACAGCUCCCGAGCCAAAUUGUGACAUUAGAGAAGUCCAGUGUUCCAACAAACAAUGUAUCCCGGCGGUGAUGUGGUGUGAUGGAGUAAUUGAUUGUCUGCUGCGUGAAGAUGAAAAUAAUUGUACUUCUCUAGUUUCUGCCAAUGGUUCCAUUCUAUGCAUUCCCACCAAUACAUGGCUGACUGUUGAUCAGAGGUGUGAUGGAAAACCAGACUGCAGCAACUACAUAGAUGAGUCUCUCUGUUCAGUAUGCCCUAAAGAAUAUUGCAAAAAUGACGGAACAUGUGUUCUUAAAAAUGAAGUUCCUGUAUGCAGGUGUAGGAAAAAAUGGACUGGAACCCGCUGCCAAAUCUGUUCCCCUCAAAUAUCGCCUCCCGUCACAGAAGCUGAUACCAGGGGUCUGUGGAUUGGUGUUGGAAUUGGACUGUGUUUUUUAUUGCUUGAACUUGUCAUCGCCUUCUUAUGUCACUUCUGCAAAAGGAAACAUAAAGGCGAUAUUACCCGUGGGUUUACCAAUCCAAAUUAUGCAGGAGGCAGCAUGACUUCAGAGAACGAGUUUUUUGAAACUGAGCACCCCAAUGUUCACAUCAGUGUUUUUCCAUGGACAUCUACCCACAAGACUUCCAAGAAAGCACUGAAGGCCGAUUCAUUCUCCAACCCACUGUACGGGAAGGAGUCGGAAGCCUAAUUUCCAUGCUGUCGUCAUCUUGUGUGCUGAAAUGUCCUAGAGAUAAAUUAUAAUUUAAUCCACAGCCUCUGUGAUUGUUGGUAUAACUCGUUAUUAAAGAGAGGCAAUAGCAGGAAAUAAACGCUUUUGGAGAUAGGUGAAUUAAUUUGUGUCACCCACUCACAUACAACACCUAUAGCUAAACACCGUUCUGGCAAAGCCUGUAAAAGAAAGAAAUUGCAGAGUUUGCCGCAUUCUACCCUUCUUUUCACGUCCUCCUUAUAAAAGUGAAGAUGAAAAUGUAUAAAGUGGCAUGUGAAAGUGUUGAAUGGAACUGGUCUAGUUUUUAAGGAUAGCUAGCUGUAUGUUUUGUUCAUGACUGAGUUAUUGCAGAUAUUACGGCUGCUUUAACCUUUUAAAACCCCAACCCUCUACUUGAGAUCCCACAAUCAACAGGCGAAAACAGUUUUUUUUCUUUUGGAUUUGAAGAGGCCAUAGCAGCCAUUUUAUUAUACAAUAAAAUACAACUUUAUUAUCAAAA